ACAAGUCACAACAAAAAUAUUUUAAACAUGAUCGAACUUAAUUGACUAAAUUAUUACAUUUUUAUAAAAUAAACUUCAUACAAAAACGAAAUCUAAAUAAAUUGUAAAAUAAACUUUAAGUUUACUAAUUAGAUACAAUUCUAGACGUCUUAGUGAUUUCAGUUUUUAAACUGAAAUACUGAAAAAUCAAUAACAUUCUGCUCAGAAGAGGAGUGGUUGUUUUCGGCGCAUUCCGUUUUCAACUUCGAAUAAAAGUGGUCAUUUAUCAAAAUGGGUGAACGCUACAACAUUCACAGUCAAUUGGAGCAUCUUCAGAGCAAGUACAUUGGUACCGGCCACGCCGAUACCACUAAGUAUGAGUGGCUUACUAACCAACACCGGGAUUCUUGCUGCAGCUACAUGGGACAUCCCGACCUGUUGAGCUACUUCGCUAUCGUCGAGAAUGAAUCCAAGGCUCGUGUGAAGUUCAAUCUGAUGGAGAAAAUGCUGCAGCCAUGCGGCCCACCUCCAGAGAAGCCAGAAGAUUAAAUUGCAUUUAUGCAUUGAGAAAAAUGUAGUGUGUAGAAUGGGAAAAUAAAUUGAGAAUCAAAAA